ACCAGUAACUUCUAUUCAAUGUUUGUGUUACUUGGACCCUUCCAGAACCUCUGCGUGCCCUCUCGAGCCCAGUGCCUCAACACCGUCUGUGGGGGAAGGGGCCACAGGAGACCCUGGUCCUGGAGACCAGCCCCACGUGGGGGACCUGCUCAGCCAGCCCAGCCAGCCCAGCCCAGAGGACUGCAGUCUGGACACGGCCAAGGAGAGCUCGGGCCCCUUGGAGCAUUCUGAAGGGGUGUGUGUGGCAGAUGCAGACCAACAGCCAGAGAGUCCAGAGGUGAUCUAUGAUGAUGUAUGAUGAUGUGCCUAGCGAGGGGCUGCUCUCUCCUGUUGAAGGUGAUAUAAUAUACGAAGACGUUCACAGAGAGGGUGCAGCGCGAGACCGAGACAACGGGUGGAGCUCCAGUGAGUUUGAGAGUUACGACGAGCAGUCAGACACCGAGAGCAAACUCCCCACACGCAGCAAGCUCUCCCCUGACAUGCGUCGGCUGAGGGAGCACUGUGCCAGGACCAAGCGAGAGCUGGCCAUGAGGCUGGGGGGAAAGCACGGCUAUGACACCAAGGUUAACCAGCUCAUGAAAGCAGCACGCAGUGGAACCAAGGAUGGACUGGAGAAGACCAAAAUAGCCCUCAUGCGAAGAGUCUCGUUCCUCCACAGGAAGGACCAGUCAGACGACGUGGAGGAUGACGCUGGGUACCUGGAUGUGGCUGAGCCUGACGUCAAACACCCUCCGGCCCACCUCAGCGCCAUGCCAGAGGGACUGAGCAGUCAGCAGGUGGUGAGGCGUCACAUCCUUGGCUCCAUCAUCCAGAGUGAACGCAGCUACCUGGAUUCUCUGCGCAGAAUCCUACAGGAGUACCAGAGGCCCCUGAUGGAGGCGGAGCCCCGCAUCCUGAGCCCCAGGAAGAUCCGGCCCAUCUUCUUCCGUCUCCGAGAGAUCACACAGUGCCACUCCAUGUUCCAGAUCGCCCUGGCGUCCCGCGUGGCCGAGUGGGACAGCAACGAGAAGAUCGGAGACCUGUUUGUGGCCUCGUUCUCCAAGUCCAUGGUGCUGGACGUCUACAGCGAUUACGUGAACAACUUCACCAACGCCAUGGCGCUCAUCAAGAAAGCCUGCAUGUCGAAAGCAGCCUUCCUGGAGUUCUUGAAGAAGAAGCAGGCGUGUAGUGUGGACCGAAUCACCUUAUAUGGACUGAUGGUGAAACCUAUCCAGCGCUUCCCCCAGUUCAUCCUGCUGCUACAGGACAUGCUGAAGAACACUCCCAGGGCCCACGUGGACCGGCUGCCCCUGCAGCUGGCUCUGACCGAGCUGGAGAUGCUGGCCGACAAGCUGAACCAACAGAAGCGCGUGGCCGACCAGCUCGCUGAGACUCAGCAACUGGCACGCAGUGUCACUGACCGCCUGCUCAGCAAGCAGCUCAGCUCAGAUCAGGGGACCCUGGUGCUCUGUGAGACGCUGGUGGAGACUGUGUACGGCGAGCGCGGCCAGGUGCUCAAGUCCAAGGAGCGCAAGGUGUUCCUCUUCGACGACACGCUCGUCUGCGCCAACGUCAACGUCAAGGGGCCCCCUGACAUCAGCAGCCUGGUGCCGGUGGGACCCAAGUACACCAUGAAGUGGAACGCCCCCCUGCAGCAGGUGCAGGUGGUGGAGGCAGGGCAGGAAGCCGCCCAAGGGAAGGACGCCCUGUUCCAGGCCUCAUGGCCUACCAAGAGGCCUGGUAGUGCUGGAGCUUCAGGGAAGGUGGUUCUGGGUCCACCUCGUCUGUACCAGGAUCUGCAGGAGCUCCAGCAUGACCUGUCUGUCGUGGAGGAGGUCACACUGCUGGUGGGAACACUACAGGGAACAUACCAGAACCUGAACACCACCGUAGCCCAGGACUGGUGUCUGGCCCUGCAGAGAAUGAUCCGGAUGAAAGAGGAGCAGAUCCAGAGUGCCAACAAAUGCCGCCUACGCCUCCAGGUGCCUGGGAAGCCUGACAA